UAACUGCCCUGCCUUUAUCUGCUCGCUUACCUGCCUGACCCUCACCUGCCCUGUUCCCUCAAAGUCUCACUUCCCUCCCAGAUGCCCGCUGUCUCUCCAGGGGGCGGGGUUUGGCCUCGCCGGCCGAAGGGAAAAGAACUUCAGUCCAACCCGGAAGGACCCAGGAGUUUUGAUGCAGAAAGGGCGGUGCCAUCAGAAGGUGGCAAUAAAGAGCCGAGACAGGAGACACACCGGAACCAAAGAGACGAGACAGAAUGGGCGGGCGAUAUGGAAAGCGGGGUCAAAGAAGAUGAGGGCGGGUUUAGUAACGGGAGUGGGCUAAAGAGGCUCUGUAAAGACGGUGGGAGACUGAGCCGGCUGCGUGCCCUGCCUCCGGAUCUCAACGGAAUUUGGAAAUCCUGAGACCGCUCUUAAACUAGCGUUCAGGAGCGAACGAGGAGAGCCACCGCUCUGGGAAGCUUCUCGCUCGCCCCAUCCCCACCCCGGGGUCCCGGAAGCGGAAGUAACGGACACGGAAGUGGCUUACUGUUGCCGAGGGGACGGGCCAGGCAGAUGCCAACAUGGCAGCGGUGGGGUCCGGCGGUUCCCCCGCGGCGGCCGGGCCAGGGGUGGUCUCUGCAGGGAUGUUGGAGCCUGGGACCACGACUGCGGGUAACGUGAAGCACCUGGUUCUUUUCCUCCACGAGGCUGUCCUGGUGCAGUAUGUGGACACACUCAAGCUCGCAGUGCCCUCUCUCAUCUACACCUUGCAGAAUAACCUCCAGUAUGUUGCCAUCUCCAACCUGCCAGCUGCCACUUUCCAGGUCACGUACCAGCUGAAGAUCCUGACCACGGCACUGUUCUCCGUGCUUAUGCUGAACCGCAGCCUUUCCCGGCUGCAGUGGGCCUCCCUGCUGCUCCUCUUCACCGGAGUCGCCAUUGUCCAGGCACAGCAAGCCGGCGGUGGGAGCCCGCGGCCUCUGGAUCAGAACCCUGGGGCGGGCCUAGCAGCUGUCGUGGCGUCCUGUCUGUCCUCGGGAUUUGCAGGUGUCUACUUUGAGAAGAUCCUCAAAGGCAGCUCAGGCUCCGUGUGGCUGCGCAACCUGCAGCUGGGCCUCUUCGGCACAGCCCUGGGCCUGGUGGGGCUCUGGUGGGCCGAGGGCACCGCUGUAGCCCACCGCGGCUUCUUUUUCGGGUACACGCCUGCUGUCUGGGGCGUGGUGCUCAACCAGGCCUUCGGCGGGCUACUGGUGGCUGUUGUCGUCAAGUAUGCCGACAAUAUCCUCAAGGGCUUUGCCACCUCCUUGUCCAUUGUGCUGUCCACUGUUGCCUCCAUCCGCCUCUUUGGCUUCCACGUGGACCCUUUGUUUGCCCUUGGUGCAGGGCUGGUCAUCGGUGCCGUCUACCUCUACAGCCUGCCCCGAGGUGCAGCCAAAGCCAUAGCUUCCGCGUCUGCCUCCACCUCUGGGCCCUGCACUCACCAGCAGCCUCCGGGGCAGCCACCGCCACCGCAGCUGUCUUCCCACCGUGGAGACGUCAGCACGGAGCCCUUUCUGCCAAAGUCAGUGCUGGUGAAGUGAGGGCUGGCGGUGGCGGUGGGGGGAGACAGGGAGGGACACUGGGUGGAGGGUGUUGGGCAUCUGCAGGACCCAAGUUGCCACCGGGGCCUGGCUCCCAUGGGGUUGGAAGGGUCUUUUCUUCCAGGUUCUCGAGAAUUCUGGAAGCCUGUGGGACUAGGGCAGGGCAUCACGUGAACCCUUCCUUGUAGCCAGGGGUUUUUAGAGCUGCCUCCUCUGUCUCAGUCUAACCUCUUUGGGGACCGGGUUGGGGGUGUUGUUAUUCAAGGCUUUUUUUGUCUGCCCCCCUCAGCCAGAGGCGUCCUGUGUCUCAUGCCUGGGAGAGUCCCUCCCAGCAAUCCCUCCACCUUUGUAGGGACAAAUUGGACAAAAAUCCUACAACUCCUUAGUAAUGACUGAUGCCUAUGUGUGGGGUUCCGAUUCUGAUAGCUUGAGGCCUUCUCUCCUCCCUGACAACCACACUGGAUCAUAUUAGUAGCUCUUUUUGUGGCCUUGGGGCAGCUUCCCUAACACAGGGACUUGAAAAUGGGCCUCUUGUGAGCACCCAGAGAGAGAGGAAGGGGGGCGACAGCUGAGAUUUUUGCAUCAGCCCAUUCAAGGGGAGGGUGCAGUAGGGGCCAUUUAUUUGCGAUUUGGGGGUUUGUGGUGUAAUCAGAUGAAUGAUCCAGGGUGUGGGAAAAAUGGAGAAGGGAGGUCCUUGAAGUGGCCUAAUCUCAUGGAAUCUAAGACACUGUCAGUUGCUGGAUGCAGGGUUAUUUUCUAAGAUACCCUGAGAGGAAAACUAAAGCUGCCAGCCACACUCAUGAUACCCCACUGGCUGUACGAGGCACCCUUCAUGGGGAGGGGUGUCUUUAAAUUGCUGAAAUGUGGAACCUGCCCCCUGCACUCCCCAAAGCUUAUUGACCCCUUAACUGUCUCCCAGGGUGUAUAUGGGGUGUGUGUGUGUGUGUGUGUGUGUGUGUGUGUGUGUGUGUGCGCGCGCGCACACACACGUGCGCGCACAAUGCCUGGGCUGUCUUUGCUAUAUGUACAUAGGGCCGUUGGAUCUUUAUUUUUGAUUAAUUUGUUCUGAUUUUUUGGUUUGUUUUUUUAAGGAACUGUAAUGAACAAAUGUCAGGAUACCCAAUGCCAAAUAAAGAUAUUGUAUUUAUUUAG